AUGCUUGAUGGCGAGAGGGCAAUCAUACAAAAUGCCCAGGGAAGAGAGCCUACUGAACACUUUUUCCCAGCAAAACUGAUUUUAGGGCCAAUUGAGAUAUCAGACCCCAAGCAAUUCCUAACAAUAAAGAGAAUGAUUCUUCAGUACGUUUGGGUUAAACCCCUUCUUUAUGUUGCGAUAUGGACAUGUACUUUACUUGGAUGCUAUGAUACGAAUGAUAUUUCAUUGAGCAGUGCGUACUUUUGGCUCGGGAUAAUAUACAAUAUGAGUGUUUCAAUAUCGCUCUACUAUCUUGCCCUUUUUUGGAAGUGCCUUUAUUCGGAUUUAAUGCCUUUUCAUCCAUGGCCGAAGUUUCUCUGCGUGAAAAUUAUUGUUUUCGCAUCCUAUUGGCAGGGCAUUUUUGUCGGUACCUUAAACUACUUUGGCAUUUUUCACGAUACAAUACCAGCUGAUAAGAAUCCCCAGUCGUUGAAUACAGGAGUGGUGAUUCAGAAUGCCCUUUUAUGCCUUGAAAUGGUUCUUUUCUCUUGGCUCCACUGGACCUCGUUUCCUUAUACGGAUUUUGAUAGCAAAAGCUUGCCUGAUUCUGCUAGGGUGAAAACUUGGACGGCAUUUAAAGAUUUCAUUAAUAUCAGCGAUCUUAUUUAUGACCUCAAACUUACCACGAUGUAUGGUGAUAGUUACAAUUUUCGAAAGUUUGAUUCCGUGAACGACUUGAGUGUUUACAGAAAAUCAAGGGCGUUCAACAAAAAGAUAUACCAGGGAUUGAGAGUGUCACAUGAUGGGUCAAAGCACUGGGUCUCAGGUGUUGGUCCCAUGCCAAAUUCAACAAUACCAUUGAUGAAAGAUUAUCUUCCGACUUCUACACCAUACAUGGAAGGUGGUGCUGUCGGAAUUUCGCACGCUCAGAGUGGCCUGGGCAGUGAAUAUUCUUCCAUAUCCAAUGAUAAAGACGGAGAAAUGGUUUCGAACAAACUUUUUGAGAAUCCGGAUCAAAGCGAUGAUUUCUCAAAGGAUGAAAAACUUUAUCAUUAUGUCAAGAAGCAUUACAUUACAGAUAAAGAAAUAAAUUAUCCAAUUGUCUACGACUACAGGCAGAUUGCUUAUUCGCAUAAAAUCACUCAAAUGAGAACCCAAUUGAGAGCCCGUGAUGCUACCGGGAUGGUAUAG